GGAGUGCAAAUUUCACUUUAAAUAAUACUCUAUAGCCAUCUCUAUUAAAGAUCUCAAAUUGAGGAUAAGACGUAAAAUAGCACUCCCUAAUAUGGGCCAAAGCAAGCCCACCUUCUUCAAGGUUUUGAGCCAAGCCGACUUUGCUUCUCACCUCAGGUUGCCGCCGUUGUUCAUCUAUAAAUUCGGGAAGCUGCUGCCGGAAUCCCCGACUCUGAGGGUCGGAUGCGGCGGCAGCGAGGGAGAGUGGCGCGUGAAGGUGGACGAAGUUGCGGCGGAGGGGCGGUGCUUCACCGACGGGUGGCCGGAAUUCGUGACGGAUCUGGGUCUGGGACGCCAUGAUUUUCUGGUAUUUUGGUUGGAAUCCCAAUCCAAAUUCUUGGUUGAGGUUUAUAAUGAAGAUGGGACUGCCAAGAUCUUGGAUCAUCUUCCCACUCUAGGUAAAGUUUCCCAAAAGAAGAAAGAUGCAUGUGAGUUUGAUAUGGUGCCAUCAUCAUCAAGUGCUGUCAUCCAGAGGAAGACGUUGUCAUUUUCUGUCAAAAUUAAACAUGCCAACAAUCACAAAGUGCAUAUUCCAGCCAACUUCAUGAGAUGGACAAGAAUUGAAAGCAAAUGUGGGGUAGUGAAGGAUACAGCCGGAAGGGAAUGGCCGAUGAUGAUCCGUGGUGAGACGAGCAAUUGGUUUGGAACGGGGUGGGGUGCCUUUAAAACUCAAAAUAACCUUCACUUAGGGGACACUUGCACCUUCACCUACAACUUCAAUGAGAACGAACUUAACAGUAGCCACGGCUGGGUGCUCGGAUUUGCAGUGAAGAAACAACGUCAUUAGUGUAGGAGUUCAGGCUCCUUUAUUAGAGUAAAAAAAGCACUACCUUAUUAGGCAUGUGGCUUCUAGUCCAUUAUUAUUUUCAGUAUGUGCUGUUUGAUGACCUGUUGUGCUUUUCAUUUGCCUCUUUGUGUCAUGUUUUAGGGUAUUGAGG